GAUACAUCGAUAGUGCCGUCGCCUGGUCACUCUUUUCGUGAAGAAUAAUUGCGGUUCGCGUUUCCUGCAUUUUGCUAAAAGACUCAUUAUGCCCGAGUUGACUGAAAUUAAGAGCGAGGCUGCUCCCUCCACCUCCGCUGAGGCCACUAAGUUGGCGGCAGAGGAUGUUCGCGUUGAGGAUGAUGGCAGCGACAGCGAUUCAGAUGGCGGCAUUCCUGCUCUGGAAGAGGCCGGUGGCGCCACCACACAGUUGGGUGGAGGUGCAACAGGCUUGCCCAUCGACUUGGUAUCGAAGGCCAAGCAGUCACGCGGUGAGAAAAAAGCCCGCAAAAUCAUGCUGAAAUUGGGCCUGAAGCAGAUCCAAGGUGUUAACCGGGUUACCAUUCGCAAAUCGAAGAACAUUCUGUUUGUGAUCAACAACCCCGAUGUGUACAAGAAUCCCCAUAGCGAUACCUACAUUGUCUUCGGUGAGGCUAAAAUCGAAGAUUUGUCGCAACAGGCCCAGGUGGCUGCCGCCGAGAAAUUCAAGGCACCCGAAACAACUGGUGCUGUGGAUAGUGCAAGCGGUGCUAGCACUUCAGUGGCUCCCAUAGCCGAGGAGGAUGAGGAAGAAGUCGAUGACACUGGCGUGGAUGAGAAGGACAUUGAGUUGGUCAUCACACAGGCGAAUACAACGCGGGCAAAGGCCAUUAAGGCUCUCAAGAACAACAAUAAUGACAUAGUCAAUGCCAUUAUGGAGCUGACCAUGCUCUAGAGUGUGGAGUCGCCCCCCAGGUCAAUGGGAAUUUGAUUUCGUUACAUUAAACACACCCGCCUUUCGAGAGAGACACCCAAGAAAAACAGCAAACAACAAAACAAAAAAUGUGGUAGCACCUACCAGAAACAAAAAAUUAUCUUCAUCAUAAUUGUACACAUAUAUUAUUUGGUGGUUCUACUAAACUAUAACAACCAGUCAAACAUUUAAUUAUAUUUUACUUUUUUUGGAAAAGAAUAAAGUGGAUUUCCUUUAAAUGGA